AUGGCAACACAACAGAUUGCCCGCCGCGGCUUCUCUACCACCCGACCUCAAUUCUCCAGCCCUUACCACUAUCCCGAAGGCCCGCGAGCCAGUUUACCUUUCAACCCUAAGACACGAUUCUUCUGGCUGCGAUACUGGACAUUUAUGGCCACUGGAUUCUUUAUCCCAUUCGGCAUGGCUGUUUGGCACACCUACAAGGCUUGA